CCUCAUAUUGAUCUACUCUUUCGCCCAUCCUUUCCAAUUUUCAUUUGGUAAACAAGCUCGCUCGCUGACAAAGGAUAGAAGUUAGAACAGAUUACAUCAGCAGGAAAUAAGAGAGAUUAUUGCAGCAAAAAGUGGGAAUAUUGCUCGCGGGCUGAUAUCAGUAGCUGAAGAAACAAGAUUUCUAAAACUGCAAAAGAUUAAGAAACAGAGAAUAAUUCCUUGCUACCAUGCCUCGAAGAUAUGCGUUUAGGAGGGCAGAAGAGGCCACUCACCCGGAAUCCAUCAGAGCAACUUUGGCAGAAUUCAUUUCCACUUUCAUCUUUGUCUUUGCUGCCGAAGGCUCUUUACUAGCUCUUGGCAAAAUCUACAAGGAAUCAGGCACAACUGCGUCCGAGCUGGUGGCUAUUGCACUUGCGCAUGCACUCUCCUUCUUUGCAGCCGUGUCAGCCAGUAUAAACAUAUCCGGCGGCCAUGUGAAUCCUGCGGUCACCUUCGGCACACUCCUUGGUGGGAGGAUCUCAGUUCUCCUUGCUGUCUACUACUGGGUCGCCCAGCUCUUGGGUGCAGUUGUGGCAACUCUCUUGCUAAGGCUUGCAACCAAUAACAUGAGACCAGUGGGGUUGUACGUAGCAUCAGGGGUCGGGGAGUGGCAUGGGCUGAUAUUGGAGAUCGUGAUGACAUUCAGCCUGGUUUACACAGUUUAUGCGACUGCCAUUGAUCCCAAACGUGGUAGCUUGGGGACGAUUGCGCCUCUGGCAAUUGGGUUCAUCCUUGGGGCUAACAUCCUGGUGGGGGCGCCGUUUGAUGGAGCAUGCAUGAACCCUGCAAGAGCAUUUGGACCAGCUUUGGUUGGAUGGAGAUGGAGGAGUCAUUGGAUCUAUUGGGUUGGUCCAUUUUUAGGUGGGGGUCUGGCUGGAUUUGUGUAUGAGUACAUGGUUAUACCCACAGAGAUUCCUCAUCACACCCACCAGCCCUUGGCUCCUGAUGAUUACUAGUUAUAAAUAUUGCUUGUUGCUUGUAAUAAGGAAUUGCAUGAUGUUUGGUCCUUUUGCUUUUGUUUCUCAAUCUCACACACGCACAUCUAUCUGCUUUGCCUUUUCAGAUGUGUUUUUUCUCCUCAA